AGUUGUGGAAGUCGGGACUCGGAUCCUCACUGACUGAACCAAGUUUGUGCUCGCUGGUGUCAACGCCCGGCGAAACAGACAGCUAACAUUAGCAAGCAGUGAUAACGGAGGAACCCAGCAAACCUAAUUGCCAGCAGCAGAAAGCACAGAGAUGCAGACUAUCAAGUGUGUGGUGGUAGGUGAUGGAGCGGUGGGAAAAACCUGCUUAUUGAUAUCAUACACCACCAACAAGUUCCCUUCUGAAUAUGUACCAACAGUGUUUGACAACUAUGCAGUAACUGUAAUGAUUGGGGGUGAGCCAUACACCCUUGGAUUAUUUGAUACAGCAGGUCAGGAGGAUUAUGACAGGUUACGACCACUAAGCUACCCUCAGACCGAUGUCUUCCUAGUCUGUUUCUCGGUUGUUUCACCGUCCUCAUUUGAGAAUGUUAAAGAAAAGUGGGUUCCUGAAAUUACUCACCACUGUCCCAAGACCCCAUUCCUGUUGGUAGGCACUCAGAUUGACCUGCGUGAUGACCCCUCCACAGUGGAGAAGUUGGCUAAAAACAAGCAGAAGCCAAUCACCCCCGAGACAGCAGAAAAGCUGGCUCGUGACCUUAAGGCAGUCAAAUAUGUCGAAUGCUCAGCUCUAACUCAGAAAGGAUUAAAGAAUGUGUUUGAUGAGGCAAUACUGGCUGCCCUGGAGCCCCCUGAACCUAAGAUAAGACGUAAAUGUUUUCUGCUCUAAGUUACCUUGAAUUCUUCUGCACAUCACUUUGCAAAAAUGGGUUGACAGAAAUAGAGGUUUUCUACACAAACACAUUCCAUCAAGAGUUGGAAUAUCAUUAAAUAUUUUCCUUCUCACUAACUUAACCUAAAAACUUAUUUGAUGUGUUGAAUAAUUUUAAGAUCAAGUUACAUUUUGUUAAUGUGUGGGAUAAUUUGAUGCCCCUGAAAUGGUCAUACACGAUAUGAACCCCGAGUUUAAACCACCACAAACUGAAGAAGAGAUUAAGAAACGAUUGUUUGAUCACAUAGGGUUAGGUUUAUUAUUUUGGAAGGGUUAUUCCAAAAGAAAUGAUGUGGGAUAGGGUUGUUUUCUCUUUUUUAUAAGAGGUAUUAUUUAAACUGUCCUGUGAGGAAAAAUAAGUUGGCAAUGAUGAUGGCUUAUUAAAAUGCAAAAGUCUGUUGCGAUAUAACAUAAAACCACGUUGCAUUUAUACUGCAUUUUACAUCAGCGAUGUUUACAUUAGCAAUUCCUACUUAAUUCACAGAACUCAAAUGGUUUCCAGAUGGUUUGACUUUUUCUUUAAGAAAAUCUUUUUAUCCUAGAAUUAUUAGGAGUGUGUAACUCUUCCAACAUUGCCUCCAGAUGGGUCUAUGAAAUACAAUUAAGAUUUUUCUUAGUAUCCAUUGACUUGAACCUACUUAAACAGAACCCGGUGGAAUGAUAACUGACAACAGAGGUGCAAAAUGUAAUCUAACCAUCUAAAUCUGCCCAAAAUCUGAAAACUUGCAAAUACUCAUUUGGAUGCCUGUUACUAUGGAAACUUUGAAAACAUUUAGGCCAGUCUAUCACCAUUUCACUACUUAAUGUAAUUCUGAGCAUAAUUUGCUUUGUUUUUGACUGAAGUGAGUUAGUAAGGAGGUAAUAGGAGCCUGGAAUGAUUAUCAAAAGUUGAACUUUGUAGAACUCUAUCUGCUUUUAAUGUCGGGCUGAUGAACUGUUUUAUAACCUGAACACCUGCAGCUAUGCUGCAGCAUUACGUUUGAAGUCUUGUUAAAACUGUUAAACUGAACCAAUGAUAUUUGCAUUUGUCUUUUACUACAUUCAUGCCUAUUGUGAGGGAUUGAAUAUGAUUUGUAAAUAUAGUGAAAAUAACUUAUUUACUGAAUGAAACCUGUGCAUCACUAAUGAGGUUUAGAGAAGCUAAGAUGACACUCAAAUCAAAUUAAGCAGGAAAAUGUUCGUCUUUGAUUUUUUUAUUAAUCUUGACAAUGUUUUACUGUAUCUUGCUUGUAAUAAAGCACCACAAUAAACCAGUAUUAUCAAAUCUUUAAA